CAUCAGUUAUUUCUCUCAUCUCCCUUUCUAUUUUCUUUUUGGGUCUCCUUUGAUCUCAUCAAUCCUCCCACACUCUUUCUUCUUUUUAAAUGCCGGAAAACAUGAGCAUAUCUGUAAAUGGACACUCUCAAGUGCCCCCCGGAUUCCGAUUUCAUCCCACCGAAGAGGAGCUUUUGCAAUACUAUCUGAGAAAGAAGGUUUCGUAUGAGAAGAUCGAUUUAGAUGUAAUUCGGGAUGUUGAUCUCAAUAAGCUCGAGCCCUGGGAUAUUCAAGAGACGUGCAAAAUUGGAACCACUCCUCAGAAUGAUUGGUACUUUUUUAGCCACAAAGACAAGAAGUACCCCACUGGUACUCGCACGAACCGUGCCACGGCUGCUGGUUUUUGGAAAGCGACCGGGCGAGACAAGGUGAUAUACAGCAACUGCCAGCGGAUCGGAAUGAGGAAGACUUUGGUGUUUUACAAAGGGCGAGCCCCUCAUGGUAAAAAAUCUGAUUGGAUCAUGCAUGAAUACAGACUAGACGAUAACGUCGUUGAAACCAAUGUCUCCAAUGCUAUGGGGGAGGGGACACAAGAAGAGGGAUGGGUGGUAUGUCGUAUCUUCAAGAAGAAAAACCACCACAAAACCCUGGACAGCCCUAUUAUCUCAUCUGUCACAGCAGAAACCAGGAACCAUAUGUUCGAGGCGUGCAAUGAAGGAGCCUUGGAGCAGAUAUUUGAGUACGUGGGAAGGAAUUGCAAGGAAGACAGUAAAGGAAACAACAAUACGAGAUUCCUCAGGCCUAUCGAGACAGCCAUCAGCGAUGGCUACCGGGAAUCAUUCAUGAAACUCCCAAGCCUAGAUAGCCCAAACUCCAGCAGCUGCCAAAACUGUAACCAACCCAUGAUGACAGACAAUGAAGGUUCAAUCACCAACCAGGUGAUUGGAGAUCCGAACUCAGUUUAUCACAACGGCUCAGGGCUCACAAACUGGGCAGUACUUGACCGGCUUGUAGCCUCUCAACUCAAUGGCGCCCAAACAGAGACCUAUAGGCAAUUACCCUACUUCAAUGACCAUACCAUGGCCUAUUGCUGCCCCAGUACUGAUCACCAUGAUCUCCAAUUACCAGCCCUUCGGUCAUCAUCAAUACCCUACAACAGGUCUUACCAUGGAGCUCAGGAUUAUAACAGCGAAAUUGACCUCUGGGGUUUCACUAGACUAUCGUCAUCAUCCGACCCACUGUGCCACGUGGUGAAUGCUAGUGUAUAACAGAAUUACCCUAAUAUAUAAUCAUACCUUAGUGCCUGAAGUCAGAAGGUUAUUAUUACAUCAGUUAUGUUGAUGAAUAUAUAAAUCAUAUUAAUAUAAAUAAAAGUGAAAUUUAUUCUUAGAUGGGGUGGCAUUGUCAACCAUUAUCUUUACUUAAUCAAGAUGUCUACCAUUUUCAUAACUCUUCUCUCCAGAAGUCUAGCAAACUCUAGGUGAUUUGAUAAUAUUUCUUUCUAAACGCAACAAUAGCAAUAAUAAUAAUAAUAAUUCACUUUUUCUCCCUUCAAAAUAAUCAUUGUGGUCAUGUUCCUAA